UUUUUUUAGCUGACUGUUUUCCAUGAGGUGGAACAAAAGAAGGAAGUGUUGUAAUGUGCUGUCAUAUGAGAUGAGAGCAGGAUGAAGGAGGCGGAGCUGCCAGCGCGCCCGCACGCACGCACACACACACACACACACACACACUGCAGAGUGCACGAUGGUGUGCAGCGGAGUAGUAGCGUGAGCACGUUCGAGUCAUAACAGAGGUGAGUCCGUUUUUGUUUUUUGCACGUUUGACGCCUUCUCUUGGCGUGAGACUUGAGCAAGAAAGGUCGCCGCUGGCUGCUUGUGCUUGCACUUUGUGUGUUGAUGGGGAAGGAAGCGGAGCCAGCCGCCAGACGUUUGGAAUGCGGCCUCCUCGUCAGGUCUGCGCUUGCGGCAACCUGAACGUGACGCCAGCCGGCCAGACAGCCAGCCAGCCAGCCAGAUCAUGGCUUGAAUUUCUCUUGAGGCCAAGAUGGUCCGUCCAUCUCACGGUCUUUUGCUGGGGGCGGGACCUGGCUUUCAAAUCAACUUGCUAUGUCAUCUUUGAACGUUUCAACAAGUAGCAGUCUUAGCGUUAUCGAGCAGGAAGGAGAUGCCGCCAAGUCCUCGCUCGGCCGCAAAAAUGACGAGAGACGAGUGGCUCCAUUCAAACCGCAUUUUUCUGGAUUACGCAAUGAAGCCAAGCCAAGCCGUCGCCCGAGCGCUCGCACCUCUUUCUCGUAGUAUCGGCAGCAAAGUGAAGAAGAGCACUUGUUUGCCUGAAAGGAUUCAACAAAAUGCUUUAAACAACGUCACACUUGAUUUGUGUAAGUGAAGCGGCGAGAGGCCAGCUGCCGUGAAGGCUCCGUGUGUGUGUGUGUGUGUGUCACAGCAGGAAGUGGCUGAUGUCAUCAUGGUGGAGGGGUCAAAAUGGUGUGUGUGUGCUCGCGCGUGUGUCGUCGUAACCUUUGGGUGCCGUGUGUGUUGUACAAACACGUUGGAGAACAGACAAAACCACCAAAACGUUGUCGAAUGACAGGUUGUGAGAGAUGACUGAUCAGGACAGCAGCUUGUCAUCCUCCCACACAGAGGAGGAAGAGGAGGAGACCAUGGAGGAGGACGGCGGCGGCGGCGGCGGGUGCCGGCCCAUGAUGGCGCCGGCGGCCAGCCUCUUGGGCGUGUCGUCCACGCUGCACGCCGUCAUCCGCAUUAAGCAGAAGUACCAGGCCCUGAAAAAACGGCGCCAGGAGAUGGCGCUGGCCAUGGGGGGCCUCCCGGGGGCCCCGGCCCGCACCAGCCCCAAGAUCUUCACCUUUGACGCUGCUGCCGCGCCGGUGUCCUGCUUCCCUCCCAGGAAGAAGAAGAGGAAGAGGAGGGUGCUCUACCCUUACAGGAGGCGCCGGAAAGCCCCCAGAGAGGAGCAAAGCCCGGCCGAGUUUUGUCUCUACCUGCUCAGCGCCAUACUCUUUGUACAGGUGUACAACGCCAUCGAGAACCUGGACGACCACGUGAUCCGCUACGACCUGGAGGGUCUGGAGAAGACGCUGCGCAGAGAGGUGUUUGGCCAGCAGGGGGCGGUGGAGGCGCUCACGUGGCACCUGAAGGACUUCUUAUCCACCUACGUGCACAACAGGCCGCUGGUGCUGUCCGUUCACGGGCCCAGCGGGGUGGGCAAAAGCCACCUGGGCCGCCUCCUGGCGGGACACUUUCGCUCGGUGGUGGGCGAGGCCCUGGUGCUUCAGUACUUUGCGCUGCACCACUGCCCCCUGGAGGCGGAGGCCCCGCGCUGCGCCCAGCAACUGCUCUCGCUGGUCUCCGAGGCGGUGGAGCUGGGCGAGCGAGAGGAGAAGAUCCCGCUCUUUGUGCUGGACGAGGCCGAGCACAUGCACGGCCAGAUCCUGGACGCCCUGCUGGGCCUGCUGGCUCCGUCCCAGGCCAACCAGUUCCUCAACGCCGUCUACGUGAUCCUCGGCAACCUCGGACACGAGCGCAUCACCCGCCACCUGCUGCGCAACGCCUCCAGUCACGAGCUCCUGGCGCCGGAGCUGCGGCGCCAUCUGGAGGGCCGCCACCCCCUGUGGGCCGAGGUGAACGUGGUGCCUCUGGGCCUCCUGGAGAGAAGUCACGUGACGGAGUGCUUUUUGGACGAGAUGAGCCGCGAGGGAUUCUACCCGGACCGCUCCCACAUGGAGCAGCUGGCGGCAGAGAUGGAGUAUUAUCCCGCCGUGGGGGGGAGGGAGUACGCUGUCACCGGAUGCAAGCAGGUGGUGGCCAAGGUCAACUUGCUGUGACAAAAUGGGACAGAACACGACCGUGGGCUCGGCCGAGUUGGACAGAGCCGCUCCUUUGAUCUGCAAACAUCUCAAGUCAGCUUCGAGACUCACCUGGCACUCGAUCGUUGGCAACGUCAAAAGGCACCGACGAGAAGAGAAGGAAGGAAGGACACGAGCGCCACGCACGCACGCACGCACGCACGCACGCUUUCUCUCCGUUGUCAUGAAGACAACCGGGAAGUGAAUUCAACGGGAGGAGGUGACAUCACUGCGCUACGUAGCCUUGGCAGCUAGCUCAAUGUCAACUUGGAAAGAAACUUUUGUGCCAUUAAACAUCUCCCAAAGACCCAAA